ACUCAGAGAAGCAACCGCUUGUUUUUCCCGCGCAAUUGUCAUUGUUAAGCAAGAAUAGUACUUUGUCAAGCUCACAGUUGAUUGUAUACCUGUGAGAUUGCGUCUCCUGUGUAUGUCAGACAUUUGUUAACAUGUAGAGUUUUAUUUACGCACUGACAUUAAACUGGGUUUGGUCUAAUGAUGGCGUGUUGGAGUAAAAAAAAAUUUCAUUCCGUAUGGGAAACUGGUUAUGUACUUCUUUAUCCAGGUAAAGAACAAACGUGUGUGUUUAUUCAACUAUGCAAGUGUACAAGCGGGGAAGAAAUGGAACUUCGAACGUGACUUCAAAACCGUUCGUUCAGGAAGUGAACAGGAUUUCCCACUGGAUUCCUCUCCAAGUAAAGACGAGGAAAACAAAAGAAGCUUUUACCACUGAAUGCCUUAAAUAUUAAUGGAGUAAUGUAAUUGCAGCACAACUAUUCUGUCAGCUCCUACAUUCAUAUAACAUGAUGAAGCAGUAUAUAACAGCAUUAUUGACUGUACUUCUGUUACCCAGUCAGGUGACAGAGGCAAAUGGUUCUCACCAGGAAGUUCAACGGGACUCAGUUAAUGAAACAAACUGUGUUAAUGGUGAUUCUGUUGCAUCUGCAGUUUCUCCUUUCAAAAAAUCAUAUUCCCAGGAGGAUGGGAAUGCGGUUGAAAUUAUCAAAUCACUUGAACUGGAUUCAAGUAGUGUUGACUUUCUGAUGAAACUUCCAGGUAAUGAUGUGUCUUGGGUUUACACACCACCAGUCUCUGUUGAACAGGAGUAUAAAAAUGAGAAACAUGUGACGAAUUACUCAUUAACUGACAUACCAGAAUUUAUGCACGAGGAUAAAGAGCCCUUCACAGCAAGUGCCUCUGAAGAUGCAGCAAUGUCAGUAGUAAGUGAUCAAACUACAGAUAAAGAUUUUCCUGAUGACUUUGAUUUCCGAAGCAGAAUUCUUAUUGGGAAUUUACUUCUCAGGGAGACCAAUAAGACCUUACAUACAUCUCCAAGGAAAAGUACCUCAGAAAAUCUCAACAUAAAAGAAAAUGAUAACUUCAGUGCUACAGAUAUAAUUUCUAGCAACCAAGAAAAUGAUCAUGAAUCAUCUUUAAAAUUAGCAACAAGAAAGAAGAAGAAAUCCAGACCUUUUAACCAUUGGGAUUUUGGGCGUAGAACAAAACCACCCAAGAACCUGACAAAGGAACAUGUAUUAUUUCCUAAGCUAACUCAGCCACCUAUUACCGUACCAUUUAAAAGUGAAGAAGAAUCCAGUCAGUAUUCUUCCUGGCAACAAAUACAGAAUACACCAAUGUAUAUAAAAACCACUGCCGUCAGUAAUUCUGAAGAAUAUUUACCAUACAUACAGCAGAACAGUUUGCAGUCACAGCAGGUUAUAACCACGGAUUCAGAACCACAUUAUGUCAGCGAUGCACAGGCAUAUCCAGUGGCAAAUAAACAGCAAAUUCCAGAGAGGCAUUCUGAGCCUGUAGUUACAGAGCAGGAAGAGGAGAACUAUUCCAGAAACACUGGGUACACUCCACCGCUUUUCUUUGUUGCUAGAUAUGUCCCCGGUUACAAAAUAAUUUCUCAGCCAGUAGUAUUAAACACACAGGGGCAUCAUACUACACCACCAGUCUAUGUCAAUACCUCGCCUGGUUUACAAAAUUAUCCAUUAAUUAUUUCUCAAAGAAGUCCACAAACACCAGUCCCUUUUCACACAAAUGAGUAAAAUACAAGUAAAUUACUUAAGUAGUCACAACCAAACAAGUAGUAACAAUUGUUAUUUAUUUGAAAACAGUCUGUAGAAGAGCAUAGAGAUAUACAUUUCUGCAUUAAGACACAGGUUACAAAACACAUCCUUACGUAUGUUCAUAACGAGUCAUGUAAGCAUGAAAAAACAGCCACCAACCAAUUUUAAGUUUCCGAAUGCAGACUUAAAAGUGACAAAAGAUACCAGGAGUAACGCUUGUAUUGUUAUGUUUCACUUUCAUCACAGCUACCAGGAAAAUAUUUUGUCAGUUCUUUUAUUAUAACUAUUAGAUCCUGAAAGUGUGUUUAACUUCGUGGAUAAUUUCCAACAACAAAUAAACUGAUAGAAAGUGUAACAGAUACAUGCUUGAAUGAGCAUGCAAAAGAAAACCUCAAGAACACGGAAACAGGAGCAUCUGUGAAUCCAAAAUACAAACAGUAAAAGUGCAUUAGUGGCAAAGUAAUAAAUGUAAAAUUUAACAUAAUUUUUAACUAAAUAUGAAAAUACAAAAUCUAACAAUGGAAAAUCGAAUGUGGAAUAACAACAUGAAUUAGGAUAACUGCUAUCACUGCAUGGGGGGGGGGGGGGGGGGGCAAUUGAGCAGCAUACGUGUACU